GAUAGUUUCAUCAGCUACUUAAAAGCACAUGAGAGGGAGGAGUUUCUGGGAUUUAGACCGGCUUCAGCUCUCCUAUUGGUUUAGGGCAGGCCUUGUUUAUACUGUCUGGAAUGUGGAACAAAGAGGUUGGAGAGUAGUCAUUUUGUAAACGAGAUGGGCUUGAUAGACGUGGCUGCAUAACAGACAUAAACAGGACUUGGAGGAUAAGCAAGUAUUAGUGUGAGUUUUUCUGUCCUUUAUCCAAAUGCAAAAAGAAUGACCAAAUGCCAUUCAAUAAAACGUAAUCCUUACUUUUGUGACUUUUAAAUGUUGAGCUGUGAUGUGAAUUCGUCAAGUCAAAGAAAUGAAAAGAGAGAACUUGGAAUAUUGAAGAUUUGAUAGUGAUGAAAUGUUUCUCUCUCCUCUCUAGCUGUUGGAAGUGCGCCUCUCUAACUAUUGGAAGUGCGGGUCAGUUGACCAUGCUGCUACAGAGGCUGUCUCUGUGUGCUGGGCUCCCCAGGACUCAACGCACCAUCAUCUGCCCUCUUCUAGCUAAAGCACUGACACAAGGCAAGUGGGACUGGCAAACAUGCAUACAUUCAUUGGUCCUCUGUAGCUCAAUUGGUAGAGUAUGGCGCUUGUAACUCCAUGGUAGUGGGUUCAAUCCCCGGGACCACCCAUACGUAAAAAUGUAUGCACACAUGACUCUAAGCCGCUUUGGAUAAAAGCGUCUGCUAAAUGGCAUAUUAUUAUUAUUAUUAUUCACAUACCCACACACAUAAUACAGGCUUACAUGCACACAUACAGUAGGCUACACCAGUCAUUGAGGAGAGGUAUAGAUGUCGAUGUAGGAUACAUUUGGAAAAUAUUAGGCUGUUAUUCCAGUGAUUUCAAUUUCAAUUAUUUCUGUAGCUUGAGAUUUUAGUAAUGGCAUGAUAACUGCAUAACAUAUGUAAGCCUUAAUAUGGGACGACAAGCCAGUGAUGUAUUUGUUUGUUUUCUUCCCUCAAGCAAGAAGGAUAGCCUAGUUCCCUAAAUUGAUGAAGUCCUAAUCGUUUUAAUGCCAUCAUCUUGCAUACCUGUGCGUACUUGUUUAUCCUCCUGGGGCACUCUUAACAUGAGUUGGAAUUGAUUGCAUCAAGAUAAUGGAGGCCUAUCCCUUUCUGUCCAUCCUUAUCUAUCUCUUUGUUUCUGUUAUUACCCCCCACCCCAGUCUUUUUCUCUUCCCCUCUCUGUUUCUAUCUCCCUCUCUCUCUCUCUCUCAUGCGGUUGACUGCGCUUUAGUGGAGAGCUCUUUAGUGGAGAGAUGUGUGCAGUCAGCGAUGGCUUUGCCAGUUGCCGUGCUGAUGUGGCAGUUUGCACCCUGCAUUUUCCAACUCCAUGGAUACCAGGGAAUUUAGGAGGGGGGUGAGGGGGUCCUGGCUGCUCUGUUUGCCUAACACUUUUAAAUCAUCAAUGAUGGAACAAAACAGAACCCUGAACACACACUUACCACACAAUCUUACUGGUAGGAGAUGUACUGAUGUGUGUGCUCAUGCUGGUUAGGCACAGUGUUUAUGAACAUUGCCUCAAGCUAACCAAGUAAGGGAGGCAAUAAGGAUACAUUUCUAAAGCAUUUGACCAGUGCUUCAGAUUGGCACCACCAUAAGGCAGGGUAGUAACGUUUCACUGUUCUUUCACAGUGUCCCUGGCGCGUGCCAACAGUAACUCCUUUGCUCAUCGUGGGGAGCUCCGCCAGGCCAAGAGGAUUGUGGUCAAACUGGGGAGCGCCGUGGUAACCCGGGGUGACGAGUGCGGCCUGGCGCUGGGCAGGCUGGCCUCCGUCGUGGAGCAGGUGAGGAAGGUCAAAGGUAAAAAGGCUGACAGGAGAACAAGACUUUCACACAAGACAUGGCUUAAAGCAUGUAUUUUAACAACUGUCUGCUUAUUGUAGUUUAUUAAUUGUUGCAAGGCUACUUGGAAGGCUUUAAAUGUGGGUCACUGAGAUAGUUUGUUUGUGUUGCAGGUGGCCAUGCUACAGAACCAGGGCAGAGAGAUGAUGAUCGUCACCAGCGGUGCGGUGGCCUUCGGCAAGCAGAGACUGAGGCACGAGAUCCUGCUCUCCCAGAGUGUCAGACAGGCCCUGCACUCUGGACAGAAUCAGCUCAAAGACAUGGUGAGACUACUUGUUAUGCAGAGUCCAGUUCUUAUAGAACCUUACCAGCUCAAAGACAUGAUGAGUCCAGGGCCCAUAUCCACAAAGCCUCUCAGCGUAGGAGUGCUGAUCUAGGAUUCGUUUUUCCCUUUAGAUCAUAAUGAAUAAGCUUAUAUGGAAAGAUUAGGACUCCUUUCUGGGACUCUUUGUGGAUACGGGCCCAAGUCUUAUACAAACUGCUCCAAAAUAUGGUGAAAUCAACUUAUAAAAAAUCUACUCAAAAUAUUCCUCCCUCUCUCAAUCUUUCUCUCUGUCGGUUUCAGUCAGUACCAGUUCUGGAGGCGCGGGCCUGUGCGGCAGCUGGACAGAGUGGCCUGAUGGCCCUGUAUGAGGCCAUGUUCACGCAGUAUAGCACAUGCACUGCACAGGUAUGCACACUUUCUCUAUGUAUUUGAAUUCACACUGUUACCCAGCACAAUUACCUCUCAAUGAAGUUGUAUUGAAUUGAAAGAGGAUUUGCUCUGAUUUAAUCCCAGGUCCUAGUCACCAACUUGGACUUCCACGACGACCAGAAGCGGCGGAACCUAAACAGCACACUGCAGGAGCUGCUCCGCAUGAACAUUGUGCCCAUCAUCAACACCAACGACGCCGUGGUGCCCCCACCCGAGCCCAACAGCGACCUCCAGGGGGUAAACGUGGGUACAGAGCACAGGGGGGGUCCGGAGCGGGCAGGACAGGGGCGAGGGGUGUGUAUAGCGGUGUAGUGUUAGCAGCUAGCAUACUACCAUACAGCUGGUUCUCUUCACCGCCUCGCUCUACCCGCCCGCUACCCCUCCUUUCCCCCCAAAGGAUGUGCAUGCAGGGAGAGUUGAGGAGUUGGGAGAGGUACAUGCAUCGCUGUAGUUUCUUCGAUAUGGUAGCCGACUGGGCCUAAAAGUGUGGCUGUCUGGGCUCACUCCUGGAGGUAGAAGCGCGCUUGUUUUUUCCUUCCGCAAGCUUAGGCGGAACGAACAAGUUCUUCCGGUGUAGAAAACACACUACAAUCUUUAGUUGUUUAGUACUAGUAGUAGUGUCAGUAGCUUUGCUAACCCACACAGUACUAAAGCCAAUAUUAACUAUAGCCAAUCUACAUAGUGGUGCUUCACUUUAUAAUAAAAAGCUUGGAUUUCAAUGACAUAUUUUUCUUAUACACUGACCUCCAUUUCGACUGAUGACAAAUGUCAGCAAACAGUCUAUUAAAUUACCCCAUCAAUUUCAAUGUCUUUCUGUGAGACUAACUCGGUGUGUUUUCCUCCACGUUAGGUCAUCAGUAUAAAGGACAAUGACAGUCUGGCUGCACGCCUGGCCGUGGAGAUGAAGGCAGACCUGCUCAUCGCUCUCUCUGAUGUAGAAGGUACGCUGCUAACACAGCAACAUAUUAACACCCAUUAGGGAACGCGCCAUCUGCCUGCACUCUGGCUCAAAACAAUGCACCGUCAUUUAGGAGCGUUACUGAAAGAGGGGGAACUACAGAGGGCUAUACUAGUAUACUACAAAGUAGGAUCAAGGAGAUUGCCAGCUAAAGUGCCUACAUAUUAUGAAAUAAUUUGUAAUUUUGGUCUAAUUGACUCAACAACCAAAAACACAUUGAAGUUUAGCUUUCUUAAUGAACCAGAAAUCAGUAGUUAUUUCUGGUUGUUUAACCUGCUUCGUAGUAUACCCUUCAGGUCUUCUGGGUUGUGUUUAUUAGGCACUGAAUGGAAGAAAACAGACUGAAACAGGCCGUGACAACCUGUACAAUAGGAAACAUUUUCGUUUUCUAUCAGAAAACCUUUUAAAAUGUUUUCCGUUGCGUACCCUAAUAAACACGACCCUGGUUGUAUUUGGAAAUCACUGAUGGAUUGGACAGGAAUGUAAUCUUUGCCCAUGUUAGGCUAGCACUCAAGUAAACAAUCAUGUAACCAUAGUUACCUCCUAUCUCUUCUAGGACUGUACGACAGCCCUCCUGGAACGGAUGACGCCAAACUCAUUGACAUCUUCUACCCUGGUGACCAGCAGUCGAUCACCUAUGGGACAAAAUCCAGGGUGGGGAUAGGAGGCAUGGAGGCAAAGGUAAUUACAAAGACGCAUAGAUUAGAAUAGAAAACUGUGUCGUUCAAUACAUGUAAGAGUGGAGGACUACAUGUCUGUAAUCAGAUUUUAAGAAAGUCUUUGGAAUUAGUUACAGACUUUGGAACUCUGUGUGUCAGAGUGAGAUUUGGCAUAAACCCGCAAGGCAAGUCUUUACUUUGGGGGUGAAAUCGUUACUCGAGAAACAAGUGGGACAUUCAAAUGAGCUAAGUGUAUCCCCCCUCUAUCCCCCAGGUAAAGGCUGCCCUGUGGGCCUUACAGGGGGGCACAUCAGUAGUCAUCGCCAACGGCACCCACCCCAAGGUGACGGGCCACGUGAUCACUGACAUCGUGGAGGGCAAGAAAGUGGGCACCUUCUUCUCCGAGGUCAAACCUGCCGGUGAGUUCUACUGGGUCAUCUCUGUGUGACUGACACUGAUGAUGAAGGUUAUUAGAAUGAUGAUGAUGAUGGUCACAAUGACAACAAUGAGCAUAAUGAUAACGGUGAUAAUUAUGGUGAGGAUCAUGAUGGUGAUAAUAAUGAUGAUGAUGAUUAUUGUAGUUCUUUUAAUGAAUAAGAUUAGGAUAAUGAUCACGAUGAUGCACGCUGAUGUCCAAUGGUCCCUUUUGCUGUUUGUAUCUGUUGUCUGUGCUCAUCACGGUAAUGUGUCUAUCUCCAGGCCCCACCGUGGAGCAGCAGACUGAGCUGGCCCGGAACUCAGGCAGAACCCUGGCAGCCCUGCACCCAGACCAGGUCAGACCCAGUUAUACAGUAUACGUGAUCCCAGGUGUGUCAGUAGCACUUCUUACUGUUUGAAUCUUAAUUCAUUGUUUCCGCCCCAGAGACGUGAGAUCAUCUGUUACCUGGCGGACCUGCUGGUUGAGAAGAAAGAGGAGAUCCUUGCUGCUAACAAGGUGGACAUGGACCUAGCAGUCAAUGCAGGUAACUAUUCCUGUCAUGUCUGUCUAUCUCUCUGAAUGAAUCUAUGGUAUUUGUCAAAACAGGUCCUACUUGUAGGGACAUUUACUUAUCAACAUCCCAUUGUGGGACUAUGAUAGGAUGUUGAUAAUUUGAGGGUGCUGUUGCAUUUGAACGUAUAUAAGAGCAGCACUGAGUAAUUGAAGUGAUAUCAGGGGUUUUCUACUAUAUUUAUUUAUUUGUGUUCUCCAUCCCCUAUCAGGCCAGUUGUCGUCAGCCCUGCUCAAUCGUCUGAGCCUGUCCCCGGCCAAGCUAAACAGCCUGGCUAUAGGUCUGAGACAGAUAGCUGUGGCCUCUCAGGACAGUGUGGGCAGAGUGCUGCGUAGGACCAGAGUAGCCCACAACUUAGAGCUGGAGCAGAUCACUGUGCCCAUAGGAGUACUGCUGGUCAUCUUCGAGGCCCGCCCCGACUGCCUGCCACAGGUAAUGUUGGUGUGUGUGUUUGGACUUGUCUGUGUGUGUGAGAGUUUGGGGAUGUGUGUGUGCAUUGCGGAUCAUCUUUUGGUAAGAUGGGGUGGUGUUCGUGCUGGUGGUUAUGUAGUUCUGUGGGUAAAAGGCUAUUGCUCUCAUUUGUGUGUAGGUAUCAGCUCUAGCCAUAGCCAGCGGUAAUGCUCUGCUGGCGAAGGGAGGUAAGGAAGCAGCCAACACCAACCGCGUCUUACAUGAGCUGACCCAGGAAGCACUGGACAUCCACGGGGUCAAAGAGGCUGUACAGCUGGUAAUCUUAGCUGGAAAAAAACAUCCCAUUUAAGAAAAAACGUCAUGGAAAAUAUUUAAAUACCAUACAUUAUACUGAAAUCAUAGUAUUCUAAAUCAUAGAACACUAGGCAUGGGCGAAUUCUGUGUUACUCGUCCAGUAGUAAAUAUAGUCAGACACCAUGCAAACGCAUCCUUUCAUUCCUCCUUUCCUAAGUAGAGUGCUGUCCUGUACAUACUCAACGGAGAAAUGAAUACAAUGUAGCACAGUGUAUUCCCCCAAUAGAAAAAUUAAUCCUAGAAUGCCGUAGAGUUUAUUUUGAGUCCUGAUAUGACAAUCUCUUGAUAGUAAUAGGAAUGCAUACACAUUUUGUGUGUGUAACUGUGUGUAUACAGUACCAGUCAAAAGUUUGGACACACCUACUCAUUCAAGGUUUUUUCUUUAUUUUUACUAUUUUCUACAUUGUAAAAUAAUAGUGAAAACAUCAAAACUAUGAAAUAACACAUAUGGAAUCAUGUAGUAACCAAAAAAGUUUAAACAGAUCAAAAUAUAUUUUACAUUUUACAUUCUUCAAAGUAGCCACCCUUUGCCUUGAUGACAGCUUUGCACACUCUUGGCAUUAUCUGAACCAGCUUCAUGAGGUAGUCACCUGGAAUGGAUUUCAAUUAACAUGUGUGCCUUGUUAAAAGUUAAUUUCUGGAAUUUCUUUCCUUUUUUAAGGCGUUUGAGACAAUCAGUUGUGUUAUGACAAGAUAUGGGUGGUAUACAGAAGAUAGCCUUAUUUGGUAAAAGACCAAAUCCAUAUUAUGGCAAGAACAGCUCAAAUAAGCAAAGAGAAAUGACAGUUUAUCAUUACUUUAAGACAUGAAGGUCAGUCAAUCCGGAAAAUUUAAAGAACUUUGAAAUGUUUCUUCAAGUGCAGUCGCAAAAACCAUCAAGCGCUAUGAUGAAACUUGCUCUCAUGAGAACCGUCACAGGAAAGGAAGACCCAGAGUUACCUCUGCUGCAGAGGAUACGUUCAUUAGAGUUACCAGCCUCAGAUAUUGCAGCCCAAAUAAAUGCUUCACAGAGUUCAAGUAACAGACACAUCUCAACAUCAACUGUUCAGAGAAGAUUCCGUGAAUCAGGCCUUCAUGGUCGAAUUGCUGCAAAGAAACCACUACUAAAGGACACCAAUAAGAAGAAGAGACUUGCUUGGACCAAGAAACACGAGCAUUGGACAUUAGACCGGUGGAAAUCUGUCCUUUGGUCUGAUGAGUCCAAAUUGGAGAUUUUUGGUUCCAACCGCCGUGUCUUUGUGAGACGCAGUGUAGGUGAACGGAUAAUCUCCGCAUGUGUGGUUCCCACCAUGAAGCAUGGAGGAGGAGGUGUUAUGGUGUGGGGUUGCAUUGCUGUUGACACUGUCUGUGAUUUAUUUAGAAUUACAUUUACAUUUUAGUCAUUUAGCAGACGCUCUUAUCCAGAGCGACUUACAGGAGCAAUUAGGGCUAAGUGCCUUGCUCAAGGGCACAUUUACGUCAUUUAGCAGACGCGACUACAAAUUGGUGCAUUCACCCUAUAGCCAGUGGGAUAACCACUUUACAAUUAUAUACUUUUUUUUUUUUUUUGGGGGGGGGGGGGGGGUAGAAGGAUUACUUUAUCCUAUCCCAGGUGUUCCUUAAAGAGGUGGGGUUUCAAAUGUCUCCGGAAGGUGGUGAGUGACUCCGCUGUCCUGGCGUCGUGAGGGAGCUUGUUCCACCAUUGGGGUGCCAGAGCAGCGAACAGCUUUGACUGGGCUGAGCGGGAACUAUGCUUCCGCAGAGGAAGGGGAGCCAGCAGGCCAGAGGUGGAUGAACGCAAUGCCCUCGCCUGGGUGUAGGGACUGAUCAGAGCCUGAAGGUACGGAGGUGCCGUUCCCCUCACUGCUCCAUAGGCAAGCACCAUGGUCUUGUAACGGAUGCGAGCUUCAACUGGAAGCCAGUGGAGUGUGCGGAGGAGGGGGGGUGACGUGAGAGAACUUGGGAAGGUUGAACACCAGACGGGCUGCGGCAUUCUGGAUGAGUUGUAGGGGUUUAAUGGCACAGGCAGGGAGCCCAGCCAACAGCGAGUUGCAGUAAUCCAGACGGGAGAUGACAAGUGCCUGGAUUAGGACCUGUGCCGCUUCCUGUGUAAGGCAGGGUCGUACUCUCCGAAUGUUGUAGAGCAUGAACCUGCAGGAUCGGGUCACCGCCUUGAUGUUGGCGGAGAACGACAGGGUGUUGUCCAGGGUCACGCCAAGGCUCUUCGCACUCUGGGAGGAGGACACAACGGAGUUGUCAACCGUGAUGGCGAGAUCAUGGAACGGGCAGUCCUUCCCCGGGAGGAAGAGCAGCUCCGUCUUGCCAGGGUUCAGCUUGAGGUGGUGAUCCGUCAUCCAUACUGAUAUGUCGGCCAGACAUGCAGAGAUGCGAUUCGCCACCUGGUUAUCAGAAGGGGGAAAGGAGAAGAUUAGUUGUGUAUCGUCAGCGUAGCAAUGAUAGGAGAGGCCAUGUGAGGAUAUGACAGAGCCAAGUGACUUGGUGUAAAGGGAGAAAAGGAGAGGGUAUAGAACUGAGCCCUGGGGGACACCAGUGGUGAGAGCACGUGGUGCGGAGACAGCUUCUCGCCACGCCACUUGGUAGGAGCGACCGGUUAGGUAGGACGCAAUCCAGGAGUGAGCCGCGCCGGAGAUGCCCAGCUCGGAGAGGGUGGAGAGCAGGAUCUGAUGGUUCACUGUAUCAAAGGCAGCAGACAGGUCUAGAAGGACAAGAGCAGAGGAGAGAGAGUUAGCUUUAGCAGUCCGGAGAGCCUCCGUGACACAGAGAAGGGCAGUCUCAGUUGAAUGACCAGUCCUGAAACCUGACUGGUUUGGAUCAAGAAGGUCAUUCUGAGAGAGAUAGCAAGAGAGUUGGCUAAAGACGGCACGCUCAAUAGUUUUGGAAAGAAAAGAAAGAAGGGAUACUGGUCUGUAGUUGUUGACAUCAGUGGGAUCGAGUGUUGGUUUUUUGAGAAGGGGUGCAACUCUCGCUCUCUUGAAGACGGAAGGGACAUGGCCAGCGGUCAAGGAUGAGUUGAUCAGCGAGGUGAGGUAGGGGAGAAGGUCACCGGAGAUGGUCUGGAGAAGAGAGGAGGGGAUGGGGUCAAGUGGGCAGGUUGUUGGGCGGCCUGCAGUCACUAGUCGCAAGAUUUUAUCUGGAGAGAGAGGGGAGAAAGAAGUCAAAGCAUAGGGUAGGGCAGUGUGAGCAGGACCAGCAGUGUCAUUAGACUUAACAAACGAGGAUCGGAUGUCGUCAACCUUCUUUUCAAAGUGGUUGACAAAGUCAUCCACAGAGAGGGAGGAGGGAGGGGGGGGGAUUCAGCAGUGAGGAGAAUGUGGCAAAGAGCUUCCUAGGGUUAGAGGCAGAUGCUUGGAAUUUAGAGUGGUAGAAAGUGGCCUUAGCAGCAGAAACAGAUGAAGAAAAUGUAGAGAGGAGGGAGUGAAAAGAUGCCAGGUCGGCAGGGAGUUUAGUUUUCUUCCAUUUCUGCUCAGCUGCCCGGAGCUCUGUUCUGUGAGCUCGCAAUGAGUCAUCAAGCCACAGAGCUGGCACACUUAUCCAGCAUGGCUACCACAGCAUUCUGGUUUGCGCUUAGUGGGACUAUCAUUUGUUUUUCAACAGGACAAUGACCCAACACACCUCCAGGCUGUGUAAGAGCUAUUUGACCAAGAAGGAGAGUGAUGGAGUGCUGCAUCAGAUGACCUGGCCUCCACAAUCACCUGACCUCAACCCAAUUGAGAUGGUUUGGGAUGAGUUGGACCGCAGAGUGAAGGAAAAGCAGCCAACAAAUGCUCAGCAUAUGUGGGAACUCCUUCAAGGCUGUUGGAAAAGCAUUCCAGGUGAAGCUGGUUGAGAGAAUGCCAAGAGUGUGCAAUGCUGUCAUCAAGGCAAAUGGUGGCUACUUUGAAGAAUAUAAAAUAUAUUUUGAUUUCUUUAACACUUUUUUUGCUUACUACAUGAUUCCAUAUGUGUUAUUUCAUAGUUUUGAUGUCUUCACUAUUAUUUUACCAUGUAGAAAAUAAGUAAAGAAACCCUUGAAUGAGUAGGUGUGUCCAAACUUUUGACUGGUACUGUAUAUAUUCUAUGCGUGUUCCAGGUGAGUACCCGUGAGGAGGUGGAGGACCUGUGUAGACUAGAUAAGAUGAUAGACCUGAUCAUCCCGCGAGGCUCGUCCCAGCUGGUCAGGAACAUCCAGAGAGCAGCCAAGAGCAUCCCAGUGCUGGGCCACAGUGAGGGCAUCUGCCACGUCUACAUCGACUCAGAGGCCACCAUCGACAAGGUCAUCAAGAUCGGUCAGUGGGACAAUACACACAGACACACCUGUCACUGAAUAAAAAAAAGAUUUAAAAAAAGAUGUUUUAAUGUCACACACCGAUAGGUGCUUUGAAAUGUGUGGUUUUACAGGGUCAGCCAUAGUAGUACGGCGCCUCUGGAGCAAAUUAGAGUUAAGUGCCUUGCUCAAGGGCACAUCGACAGAUUUGUCACCUUGUCGGCUCGGGUAUUCAAACCGGCGACCUUUCCAGCGACACACACACACACACGUUUGAAUUUACUACCAAUGAAGUACAAGGAGUGGUUGAUUGACAUUUUCUCUCUCCAGUCAGAGACUCUAAAUGUGACUACCCUGCGGCCUGCAAUGCUAUGGAAACGCUGUUGGUGCACAGGGACAUCCUCAGGACCACUCUGUUUGACCAGAUCAUAGACAUGCUCCGCACCGAACGGGUAAGACCACACACACACUCAAAUACACUGGUACAGACACACUGACAUAAACAAGUGUACCACAAGUGAUAUUAUCCUCCUCUUCAUCUCCUCUUAAAUACAGGUUCAAAUCACAGUAAUGGCCGACUGGCUGGUUGUUUGGUGGAAUGGUUGGUUACAUUUGACUACAACUUCAAAUCAAAUAUUUAUUAUUUCCAUGAGGUUGGGUUGAGGUGGAUGGGUUUACACAUGUUAAUUAACUGCAUUUUUCAUGUCUCAUUGUUGAUGGUUUAUGCUUCUAAAACCCCAAUUCACAAAAAUGAACACUUAACAAUUUACAAUCCAGUUGAUGAUAAUCAUAACAAAAAGACUUCCAAGUAUCACUAAAACUUAGGUUGUGAUUCGCAAUGACAGAUCUAUCUAUGGAAGUCUUUGGUAAUUUAUACUCUUAAUAACUUUUUUUUAAAAAUGUAUUCAUAUAAAAUAUUCAUUUUUUCUUGAUCUGUAUAACUGUCUGUAUUGCCCAUGAGUCUCUAGUAGAUAGACCAUAUGGUUCAAGAGAAAAUAGCCUGAUUAAUGAAAAAAUUAUCAAAUCAACAAUAACAUAAUUUGCUAUUAUUUCUGCAACUCUUCCAACUACUGACUUUUCACAACUGCCAACGGUUUGGCGUCAAGACAUUUAAAACAAAGACAUAUUGACAUAAUAAAAUAAAUAAAAGCAUGUAAAAAUAUAAAGGAUAUUCCAUGCUGAAACCCUCAUAUUAAACAUGAUUGCUAAACUGGCUGAGUCAGACAAUCUUAACUCCCCGAUUGAUGAUUAAUUGACCGAUCGCCGUAUGUAAUGAUGACCCCCUUCCCUGUGUGACCCCUUUAGGUGAAGAUCCACGCUGGCCCCAGGUUCGCCUCCUACCUGACCUUUAGCCCAUCGGAGGUCAAGUCUCUGAGGACAGAGUACGGGGAUCUGGAGUGCUGCAUCGAGGUGGUGGACAGCAUGCAGGAGGCUAUAGAUCAUAUCCACAGAUAUGGCAGCUCCCACACCGACGUCAUUGUUACCGAAAACGGUAGGUAUGACUAUGUAAUAGUUAGUUGUGAGAAGUUUCUUUCUCUUUUGUCUUUUUUUUUCUCACCUUGAUUCACCCAGGUUAGUCUGGGUGAAAGAGACCAAAUCUCUCUUUCAAGAGAGACCUGUCUGUCUAUCUUUCCCCCCUUCUCUCUUCCUCUCUUUCUCUAAUAAGUAAUGACAGCACUUUUUGGCUUCGUGUAAAACCUCCCCACGAGACUACUUUGAAGAGGACAGAACUGAUUUGAAUGUAGAACAGGUUUUGCUUAGGGAUCAGUGUUAUUAAUUUAUAUUUAGUUAUAUGAUUGAUAUUCUUCUUAAAAGUUAUUGUCCCCUCAAGUUUUAUAAUUCAUUUUGAUUGAGUACUUUACUGACAAUAUCCAAGAUGGGUUGAAUUAUAGAUGGGUUUUUAGUUGGUUCCCUGCAGAGGACAGAGCAUUUUCUGUCUUAGUUCUACCAUCUAGUGGCCACAGAUUAUAUAAUAUGUAGAACUAAAUUGAAUGAUCCAUUGUGUGUAAUAGAGGAAAUAUAGCUGAAGAGAGAUGAUGACUGUGACAAUGAUGGUAGUUGUGAUGAUGAUUCUUACAGAGGACACAGCGGAGCAGUUCCUGCAGCAGCUGGACAGUGCUUGUGUGUUCUGGAACGCCAGUUCACGAUUCGCAGAUGGAUACCGCUUCGGACUGGGUAUGCAUCGUUUUAUUUGUAUUACCUGACUUCCUGUUCAACUACUCCACUCACUCACUCCAUGUCUCCCUCCCUCCCUCUAGGUGCUGAGGUGGGCAUCAGUACAGCUCGUAUCCAUGCCCGGGGUCCCGUGGGCCUGGACGGUCUCCUCACCACCAAGUGGGUCCUGAGAGGAGACGGUCACACCGCAGCAGACUUUUCUGAACACGGCACCAUGAAGUACCUCCACGAGAACCUGCCAGUCACACAGCCACAGCCCAGACAGAUGGCUGCCCAGAGUGAGGAC